AUGCUCAGAUCCGAGAAACGGAGACUCCUCCCUCACGGCGAUGACCCCACAAACCCCGAGGACUACCCCGUACAUAAACAACCACCACUCCGGCACUCUCUCGUCCGGAGUACACUCAUUACACUUCUGCUUCUUGUCCUCACGAUACUCUCUCUGCUAAUAUUCUUUUUCCUCGGCCGUGUUAUCUCCGGCCACUCACAAGACUCCGUUGGUGGCACAAAACCCCCCGCGCGCAGCCCAAUCAAGAAUGUUGUCGUCGUCGUGCAGGAGAACCUUUCUUUCGACACGUUCGCAGGCGGAUUGACCUACAAUGCUGACAUCGAUGGGCUCAUCCGCACCGAAUACUGCAACCCAGCCGAUAUCUCCGAUCCGGACUCCCCUCAAGUCUGCGCCAAGCCCACAGCUCAGGACAUUGCGCCCGACGACCCCGACCACAGCAUCGCCGGAGGAAACCUGCAGAUCUAUGGCACCUACGACCCCAAUCCUGAAGUAGACCGUCCGACCAUGCAGGGGUUCGUGACAGAGCAGGUCCGCGCAUACGGUCUGAACGGGAACCUCGGUCGGGCAGCCGAGGUAAUCAACUACUACCCACCCGAACGCGUACCGAUCCUCAAUGCGCUGGCGGAGAACUUCGUUCUCUUCGAUCGCUGGUUCGCUUCAGUUCCAGGCCCAACGAACCCCAAUCGCGCCUACCUCACCUCCGGCACUUCGUACGGCCACGGAACCAAUGAUCCCGACUUCGACUCGUCCUCCCUACCCCAGGUUUCCAUCUUCGAGCAGCUGUCGGCGGCGGGAAUCAGCUGGAUCAACUACUCCAACACAACCGGGUUUCUCCCCGAUGCGCUUUUUUACUCCUGGACGAAGAUCUCCGGUCACGGGGUCUCGAACGUCAAACCCAUCGAUCAAUUCUAUAAAGAUGCGAAGGCCGGCACCUUGCCCCAGUUUACCUGGAUCAAUCCGGAAUGCUGCUCAUUCACUUCUUUCCACCCGCCGUCGCCUAUUCACCUCGGAGAGGGGUUCCUGAAGAGUCUCUACGAGGCGCUGCGUGCAUCCCCACAGUGGAACGAGACUCUGUUCAUUCUCACCUUUGACGAGCACGGCGGGUUUGCGGACCAUGUUCCCCCUCCGGAAAAUGUACCUGCAGGGGACAACCUUACAUAUACAGAGGCAGCGCGGGAUGGCACGCAGACAACCUUCCGAUUCGAUCGGCUGGGAGUACGGGUACCUACUUUGCUGAUUUCGCCCUGGGUCGACAAGGGGUUUGUACAGCACCGACCGACGGACCAGCCGAACGAUUUCACUCACACCUCCAUUUUGAGAUAUGUGGCGGAACUUUGGGAUCUACCCUUCUUGACUCCCCGUGUAGCCUGGUCUCCCAACUUUGACGGACUGAUUCGGGAUACCAUCCGAUCGGAUACGCCCGAAAAGCUACCGGAGCCGUAG